UAUUAACUGAGAAGUCAACUUAGUACUGAUAUAUACGUUAUGUCGUACGCAGUUAUAUAAUUGAAAUAUAUAAAUUAAACUGCAAUAAUAAUGCGCAAAAAUCAUUUCAUUAUAUUUGGAUUACUGUUGACAGUUGCUUAUUUAACACCAGUACGAUCUGAAUCUGAUCAAGAAGAUAAUGUAGAAAAUGUAGAAGAGAAAUCUGACGUUAACCCUUUAGAGUCUAAGAAAGGUGAUGAAUUACUCGAAGAUAAAAAUGAUGAAGCUAUUCAUGCAGUCACAGAAUCACGUGUAGAGCGUUCUUCAGAAGGUGCAUCAGAUCAUAGUAUUGCAACAGCUGAAGUAAAAACUGCAAAAGAAAAUCAACAUGUUGAAAUUGACAUAGAUGAAAACUCACGCAGAUCGUCAUCCGAUAACACAAACAGAAAAUCAUCUGGUUUUAAAAUCGACAGUGAGAAGUCAGAUUUAAAUUUAAAUAGAGAUGAUGAUGUUGCUAGUGAAAGAUCUUUAACUAACAAUGAAGAUGAAUUUGAAGAAUAUUCAAUUGAUGAUAUGGAAAAAACUGGAAAAGAUGACGAGCUAUCAGAAAAAAAUGAUGCAGAAAUCGAAGAGAUAGAGGGGAGGAGUGUAGAUGAAAAACUACCAAUAGAUUCCAGUCGUUCCGUUUCACUUGAAGCUCAAGAUGCAAUAUUGGAUCACAAAGCGAGAACGGCGCAAAAAUUUGAUGAUGUUGAACCUUCAGUAGAUUCCAGCAUUGAAGCAAACGACAACAUAAAAGUUUUGGGUAGUCGUAGAAGCUUUUCCGGCGACCCAAGCCCCGAUAGUCUUGUUAAUUUAGGUCGAACUGGAGAUAUUUUUAAUGAAAAUUUCUUUCCUAAUAAUCAAAAUCCUUUACAAUUUCAAAAAAUAACUUCAUCGGAGACGAUUAUGCCAAAAGGAUUUUUCAGCCCUCCGCCUAUACCUAUAAAAUUCAACAAUUUCGGCACUCCGAAUAACCCGCAAAAACCUUAUGACCCGUUUACAUCAUCCGAAUCCAAACCGUUAGAUGAAUUUAAUUUUAAUCCAUUUUCCAAUUCAUAUCCAUACGCGUAUAAUUUAAAACCAAUAGCUACAACCACUCCAAAACCUAUUGAAAUCAGCAGUUUUCGUAAAAAUCCUUCUGAAUUUUUCCCUAAAUUUCCUCCGCCACCUAGCAUCAACAGUAGCCCUAAAGUUAAUAUUCUUGGAGACAAUUUUCAACCGUUUUACCCUGUCACUGUAAGACCUUUGGAAACAAGAUUAUUAUUUCCUAGUUUUGGUGUACAGAGAAUAAAUCGAUUUCCUAAUGUACCCUACUUUUAUCGUCCAAAAUGUUCUACUUGUGCCUAAUAUAGAACUUUUUAAUCUUUUCAACUCAAUUCGUGGAACAUUAUCAUAAAGUUUUAUCUGGACAAUUUUGUGUAAGUACAUGUAUAAAAUUUGUGUAAAACAACAAUUUAACCCUGAAAUAAAAAUAUCACUUAUCUUAAUAAAAACUCUUCCUGCGUCAAUUCUCACUUAUCACCAGCAUUUUUCAUCUCACUCAAAGGCAUUUAAAUAAAUAUUUACAUGUUUUUUAAAUUCAUCCAGAAACUGGAUAAAAUCGCGGAAUAAUA